AUGGCCGAUAUAUCAUUAGAAGAAAUUAAGAAAGAAAAUGUUGAUCUUGAGAAAGUUCCUAUGGAAGAAGUUUUUGCGCAGCUAAAAUGUACAGAAAAAGGGUUAACACAAGAGGAAGGAGAAAAAAGGCUUCAAAUAUUUGGUAUGAAUAAACUUGAGGAGAAAAAGGAGAGUAAAUUUCUCAAGUUUUUAGGUUUUAUGUGGAAUCCUUUAUCAUGGGUUAUGGAAGCUGCUGCUAUCAUGGCCAUUGUUUUAGCCAAUGGAGGUGGCAAGCCGCCGGAUUGGCCUGACUUCAUUGGUAUUGUUUCUUUGUUGAUUAUCAACUCUACUAUUAGUUUUAUUGAAGAAAACAAUGCUGGUAAUGCUGCAGCUGCUUUGAUGGCUGGUCUUGCCCCUAAAACUAAGGUGUUGAGGGAUGGGAAAUGGAGAGAGCAAGAGGCAGAGAUUUUGGUACCAGGAGAUAUAAUUAGUAUCAAGUUGGGAGAUAUUGUACCGGCUGAUGCUCGUCUUUUGGAGGGAGAUCCACUGAAGAUUGAUCAGGCUGCCCUCACUGGUGAGUCCCUCCCGGUUACAAGGAACCCUGGUGAAGAGGUGUUCUCCGGUUCAACCUGCAAGCAAGGUGAAAUUGAGGCUGUUGUCAUUGCUACUGGUGUCCAUACCUUCUUUGGCAAAGCUGCUCACCUUGUCGAUAACACUAACAAUGUUGGCCACUUCCAAAAGGUGUUGACAGCCAUUGGUAACUUCUGUAUCUGCUCGAUUGCAGUGGGGAUGUUGCUUGAGAUCAUCGUGAUGUAUCCAAUCCAGCGCAGGAGUUACAGAGAUGGUAUUGACAAUCUAUUGGUGCUUCUUAUUGGAGGUAUCCCAAUUGCCAUGCCAACAGUAUUGUCAGUGACAAUGGCUAUUGGAUCACAUAGGCUGUCACAGCAAGGUGCCAUCACAAAGAGGAUGACUGCCAUUGAAGAAAUGGCUGGAAUGGAUGUUCUCUGCAGUGACAAGACGGGAACUCUCACCCUCAACAGGCUUACAGUAGAUAAAAGCCUUAUUGAGGUGUUUGUAAAGGACACCGACAAAGAUGGCCUUGUUUUGUAUGCAGCAAGGGCUUCCAGGACUGAAAAUCAGGAUGCUAUUGAUGCUUCAAUUGUUGGAAUGUUGAGUGACCCCCAGGAGGCGAGAGCUGGAAUCACUGAGGUGCAUUUCUUACCCUUCAAUCCAGUGGACAAGCGCACUGCAAUCACCUACAUUGACAACCAUGGGGACUGGUACAGAAGCAGCAAGGGUGCUCCUGAACAGAUCAUUGAUCUCUGUGAGCUCCGUGGUGAGACGUUGAAAAAGGCUCAUGAGAUCAUUGCCAAUUUUGCUGAACGCGGUCUGCGUUCCUUGGGAGUUGCCAGACAGACAGUCCCAGAGAAUACCAAGGAAAGUCCUGGAGGUCCAUGGGAGUUUGUCGGUCUCUUGCCUCUCUUUGACCCUCCAAGGCAUGACAGUGCAGAGACUAUCCGCCGUGCUCUUGACCUUGGUGUCAAUGUUAAGAUGAUCACCGGUGAUCAACUCGCUAUUGGCAAAGAAACCGGUCGUCGACUUGGGAUGGGCACAAAUAUGUACCCCUCAUCCUCUCUCCUUGGUCAGAGCCAGGAUGAGUCAAUUUCUUCCAUACCAGUUGAUGAGCUAAUUGAGAAGGCUGAUGGAUUUGCUGGAGUCUUCCCCGAACAAAAGUAUGAGAUUGUCAAGAAGCUACAGGAGAGGAAACACAUUUGUGGUAUGACAGGAGAUGGUGUGAAUGAUGCCCCAGCUCUGAAGAAGGCAGACAUCGGCAUUGCAGUCGCGGAUGCGACCGAUGCUGCCAGGAGUGCCUCAGACAUUGUGUUAACUGAGCCCGGAUUGAGUGUGAUCAUCAGUGCUGUAUUGACAAGCAGAGCCAUUUUCCAAAGGAUGAAGAACUACACAAUAUAUGCAGUUUCAAUUACCAUCCGAGUUGUGUUGGGAUUCUUGCUCGUCGCUCUCAUCUGGAAGUUCGACUUCCCUCCAUUCAUGGUUUUGAUUAUUGCCGUACUCAAUGAUGGUACCAUCAUGACCAUCUCCAAGGAUAGAGUGAAGCCAUCUCCAAUGCCCGACUCAUGGAAGCUCAAGGAGAUCUUUGCCACUGGUAUCGUCCUCGGAACCUACAUGGCUCUUUGGACUGCAAUCUUCUUCUGGCUUGUCCAUGACACCAACUUCUUCUCUAAAAACUUUGGAGUGAGACCGAUCUUUGACAAACCAGAUCAGCUUGCAUCAGCUCUGUAUCUCCAAGUGAGCAUCAUCAGUCAAGCACUUAUCUUUGUAACAAGGUCAAGGAGCUGGUCCUUCCUGGAGCGCCCUGGUUUCAUGCUUAUUACUGCCUUCCUUGUAGCACAAUUGCUUGCCACUCUUAUCGCUGUAUAUGCAAGCUGGGGCUUUGCAAGAGUUGACGGCGUUGGAUGGGGAUGGGCUGGAGUCAUCUGGCUGUUCAGCAUUGUCACAUACUUCCCUCUUGAUCCCAUCAAGUUCCUCAUUCGCUAUGCAUUGAGUGGCAGGGCCUGGGAUAACAUGCUCCAGAACAAGACUGCUUUCACAACCAAGAAAGACUUUGGCAAGGGAGAAAGGGAGGCACAAUGGGCAAUGGCGCAACGCACCAUGCACGGUCUCCCGACCGGUGACGGUGAAGGUAAAGGUAAAGAGAAGGGCAACUACCAUGAUUUGAAUGAGCUUGCUGAGCAGGCCAAGAGGCGUGCUGAAGUUGCAAGGUAUCCUGAGCUCCACACCCUCAAAGGCACGUUGAAUCAGUAG